AUGGCCAGAGGAAUUCAGACCAAAACGCCGGCUGAUGCCAUCGAUGAGGCUGCCGAUCUGGGCAAGAGUCGCAAGACUUACUUUUCCUUUGGUGACGAAGGAACAACUGCGACUGUCGGUGCCUCUGGGCGGCUACUCAGAAUAAGUCGGCACUUUCCCGGCAGUAGAACCGGCUUUUGUGUUGACGACCCCGGAAUGCCCGCACCCUACCGUGUCGACGACCGUCUCAAAGCGCUUCUCGAUAUGGCCAAUAAUCCGUCCGAUAAGGAAGGAAUCGGCUUAUCACUAGACCUCCUGCAUAACGGGCAGGAGUUUGAUACAGAAACCAGCAUUAUCAACGACCGAUGGCCAACCUUUCGACGAACAACGCAGAAUGGCUUCGAGUUCCAGCUACAAUAUGUAGCAUUUCAUGGAACUGUCUUCCAGAAAUUUGAACUCAAAGGCGAUUCAAGUGGCAAUGAAGUGUCGGAUUGUGAAUCAUCACCCGUUUUGUCUAUAAGGUCCGAUGUGCUCAUCCGGAAUCUUGACUUCGUCGACAACGAAAACAACUUCAACAACGGAUCAGCAGACGAUGAGUCUUACAUAGAUGGAAUGCGAGGAGACAACUGCAUCGUUCGAGAACACCAUGACGGUGCUAAGAAGACUAUCCUUUGGAUCCAUCUGUUGGAUCAGGAGGAAAGUCAAGAAAAGCAUGGAUCGUUGUCCUUCGUGCAGUCAGAAGAGAAACAUGUCUGGAAAAUUGAACGCAGGACGGCAUCUUCAACGAGCGGGUCAGAUGGUGUUUGCAGACGUGGAAUCACCGAGUUCAUUCUUGCGUAUACACUCGAACAUGCCCCUGUCCCCGGGGAUGACGUUGUUGCUUCAACUCCUGCCAAGGUUUUGGAGACGAUAAAAUCGCUGCUCAAACCACGGCCUCAAAGCCACAGCUUCACCAAGUCCGAAUAUUCGUUCAGCUUCUUUCUAAGGCGGAAUUUGGAGCAUAUCCUAUCCGUCUGCAGCGUUCCAGUCCCGAUGGCCGGAGAUGAAGAGUCCCCAGCCAUCGCUUUUACAUGUGGCGAUGUCGAUGGCCACAGAGUGGCCACCGCAGCUAGUUUCUACGCAUCUCAGAUACUGUUGCAAGCGUUAAAGGACCUCAACUCCGCGCAUGCUAAACCGCCGGCCACCUGCACGGAUUGCCACAAGCCUACUCCCCACCGACCUUACGUCUGCGAAACGAAGAAACGCAUCGAACGGGCACUCGAGGGUCACAUGAUGUGGCUUUUAUUGAAGAGCAAAGUCUCCGGCGAUUUAUUCUGCCCUCAUUCAUGGGUGAACGGCGAAACCAUUGCCGGCUGGGAAGACAACCAAUGGCUUGCUCCAAAGGCUCUCACUGAUGUUCCUUUUCAAAUCAUCAAGGUGGCUGAGAUUUGCAAAUCAGCUCAAGACUUGGGGCGUUUCUCGGAAUUGAAAGAGAGCCUCAAACAUGCUACUCUGGCUUGGAUCCAGGAUCUCGGACAAGUCAACAAGCUGGGAAUGUACGCUUUCCCUCGCUACGACGACCCUGAGUACCAUCACCUCCGAACCAUCCGUCAUCUUCGCCAUUACUACCCAGAUAUAUUUCGGGGAGAUCGCUACUACGGAGAAUCAAAGCAGGACUUCUAUCUUGGUGAUCAUGCCGUGAUUUGGCAAGCAAUCAGCGCAGUAGAGAACUUGUUAGUAGCCCAAGGACUACGAGAUUCCAAGGGCAUGCUGUACUCUUCGACACAUAUGCGGCUCAAAAUCUUGAAGAGAUUCACCACGGACGUCCCGUUCUCCCAAAGGCAGAUGAUAGCGGUGUCACGAAGUCCUCUCCACAAUAGGUUCUUCUUUCGAUCGAAGGACACCGUACUUUUUAGGGCUAUGGAACAGGGAUUCUUCGCUCGACCAGGAUGUAAUCCAGACUACAGCACGACGGACUUUCGGCACAUGGUUGAAGUGUGGGAUCGCACAAUCGAUAGCCAGGUCAGCCACGACGAAAGCGAUGACUUGGACUGGGAUGACCCGAGAAUAUUCGCCCUCUCUAUUAUCAUGGCUUACUACAAUAAGCCCAUAAAUCUUCGGCCGCCGGAGGAAAUACGGGAACACGCUAUUUGCGUUCUGCUCGAGACCUCUUCGGCUAACGGUCUCUUUCCUGGGAAGUUGAGAACGGAUGGUGACCGGAAGGAAAGCCGCAUCCCGAUCGAGGGCGAGGUUCUGGUCGAUGAGCUGUAUGGACCUACCCAGAGAUACAACCUGGAGAGUGGGAUGCGCUGGGUGGACAUGGGCAACCCGGGAGUCAAAGCAUGGCAACAACGUCGGGUUUUGGAACUCAUGCUGUUCGGCGGAAUGGUAGGGGAAAUCAUCGAUGGGGCAGACCGUGUUCUCGCGGAAGUCUAUUCGAGACUCGGCGAUCGGCAAAAAACAAAGAGCCGGGUGAAACAUACUUCAGUCAUUUUGGGGAAGAUGUCGAGGAUACAGAUCGAGCAAAUCCAAGAUGCGCUCCAGACAGUGGAGGCAGAUCUGAACGAGAAUAUCGCAGAAAUCGACUUGUGGCAGAAUCGAGAAGCAGAUCGCCAGACAGAGCAGCCGCGAUGGACCCUUCACGAUGAGAUUCGUUACCGGGCUAUCAUACAGAAGCUGCAGAACCUAAACAAUCGGCAGGUUGAAACAGUACGACGAAAUCGCAUCAAGAUCACCAACAUUAAAGAAAAGCUCACGAAGCAUUUGGACGACCGGCGAUCUGAGGAUAUUCGGCGUUUUACCUACGUCACACUCGUUUUCUUGCCUUUGGGUUUUGCCGCUGGCAUUUUUAGCAUGAGCGAAGCACCCGAGCGCCAGGUUGUGCAGGGCAUGGUGCUUGCAGCAGCAGGAGCCUUCCUGGCUACUUUGUUGUUUUUGUACAUUGCAAAGAUGCUGGACUCUGCUGGCCUUCUGACCACGCCUCAGUUUGUGAUGAAUGUACCAUUGUUCUUCGAAUCGGUUCUGCGAUUCGGAUUUGAGCUGCUCUUCAGAUCGAUUCUGCGAUUCGGAUUUGCGUUGGGAGAGUGGAUGAUAUACUUGGCGGUACGACAUAGAGACAAAUCUGGGAGGGAUGAAAGCGAGGCGGGAGGGUUCGCAUAG